GGCAUGUUGUGUCAAAGUCACGUGUACUGGUAUCUGGUAUAAAAAAAAUAAUAUAUUUUGGAAAAAAAUUAACCUAUUUAAUUUUUAAAUGUUGAAAAUGAAUUUUAAUUAAUAAGAUAUAAAUUGUUUGUUGAAUAUGUUUACAUAUCAGAUAGAGCAUUAAAAGUAUGGAAAAAUCAUAUAAUCUAAGUGCAAUUGUGAGGUUAUAUUUUAGUAAACAAUAACUUAGGAAACUUUUUAAUAUGAACAAAUGUGUUCACCAAGAGAAUGAAGAUUUCCUCUUAGAUGAUGAAAAUUCUAAACAAAGAAAAUGCGGCAACUGUAGUAGGUUAAUUUGGGAAAAUGUAAAUUCGAAUUUGGGUCAAGACCUCACAAAUUGUUAUAACACUACUGACCAUUAUCAAACCAAUAUGCUGUCUGAGGAGCACUUUGAUAAUUUGGAGGAUUCUCCUUUGCUCACUAAUGAAUGUUAUGAAACUACUAUCGAAACGGGAUAUCAUUGUCACGAUGCUUUAAGGACCUCUGACGAUUCCAGUGCUUGGAAAAAGUUAAGCAGUGCAGCAAUAUUUUGUGGAAUAUUUAUGAUAGCAGAAUUAGUAGGAGGAUAUCUUGCAGGAAGUUUAGCUGUAAUGACCGAUGCGGCUCAUUUAUUUUCAGACUUGAUAGGAUUUCUAAUAUCUUUAUUGGCUAUAUGGGUUGGGAAGAAACCACCUACAAAACGAAUGACUUUUGGGUAUUACAGAGCCGAGGUUAUAGGUGCUCUUCUUAGUGUCUUAACAAUAUGGUUAUUGACGGCAGUUUUAUCAGCGAUGGCAAUCGAGAGGAUAUAUACCAAAGAUUACGAAAUACAAGCUAAUACGAUGAUGAUUAUAUCAGCAUUAGGGCUUGUGGUCAAUAUUAUAAUGGGUGCUAUUCUUCACGGCAUCUGCCACACACAUUCCCAUGGAUUAUCGAGUCAACAUUCCCAUUCUGGAUCAUCUUCGUCGAAUAUAAACCUGCGUGCAGCAACUAUCCACGUCCUCGGAGAUCUAGUUCAAAGUCUUGGCGUACUUUUAGCUGCCAUUAUAAUAAAAUUUGUACCAACUGCGAAGAUAGCAGAUCCAAUCUGUACUAUUUUAUUUUCAUUAAUAGUCAUUUGCACGACUGUUAGAGUUGGAAGGGACUCGUUCUGGUUUUUACUUGAAGGGAGUCCUGUAGAUAGUAUAAAAUUAAAAAACGAAUUAACCAAGUUAGCCGGAAUAAAACACGUACAUAGUUUACACGCUUGGGCUCUUUCGCCCGGGAAAAAUAUUAUAUCAGUGCAUUUAGCUGUUGAUGAAUACUGUGAUAGGGAUGCCUUGUUGAAAAAAGCAGCAUCUGCAAUACAAAGCCAAAUAUCCGUUUUAAGUUGUACAAUACAAGUGGAAACCUACAACCACGAUCUAAUACUUUCUUGUAGUGAAUGUCAAAACCUCCAGUGGUGACAAGGUGAUAUGAAAAUUAUUGAGUCUUAUGACACGAUUAGAUGAGAUGACGUUUAAAUUUGAUAAAAUGUAAACUUUUCAAAGUAGGCUGACAAUACCUAUCCAAAAAUGUUACAUUUUUAAAAAAUAAAUAAAGGGAAAUAAUAAAA